ACCAACUCAAAUUCUCACCGACUUCUUCAGGGAGAUUGCUUUCUAUUUAUUUAUAUCACUGAAAUCCGAGUUCAAAGUUUUUAUUUUCUCUUCCGUUUCUUGAUCUGUUAUUGCCCAUUGGUCUACUUAACACCGAUUUCCAUUUCGAUUUUUUGCUUUUGGCCCCUGCUUUCUUUUUCCUCCCUCGCUCGUCUCAUCCACAGGGCCUUUAAUUUUAAUACUCUUGCCCCUCUGCGUCGCACCUGUGAGAAUUCCACACAGGGUUACAGUCAUUGCUGACCACAAGGAUUCCGGCGCAAUUCUUAUGGACAUCGCCAUUCCUUCCCCCACGGGUGUCUAAGUCGUUCUCCGCACGACAGUUUAGCGACCGUGUCGAGCCGUAUGGCCAUCUCCAUCGCCGACAGUUCCUGUAGCCCGACGAGGUCGCUGGGUCUGUUGUUGGACCCAGAGAAGGUUGACCUUCCCCGUCCCAAACUGAGCAUGUGGCAUCGCCUGGGCCUUCGCAGGUGGCUGGGCCGUGAUGAUCGAGAUUUCUCCUCACAUUCCCCCGCCGGUGACGCUGCCCCCACUGCAAAUAAACCCGGUUCUCCAGCCGCCCAUAACAAUCAUAAUGCUAAUCAACAUCCGGUCGGCAAGAACGACUCCCACAAACUUCUCUCCCGUCACAGCAAACCUCACGACAAUCUCACGCGUCGCCUCUCCAGAAAGGUAGGAGUCGGUCUGCCCCGAGCACCCACCUUCAAGCGCCAGAAUUCCGAACGGCGAGACAAUCUCCUCCCCCCUGAGCCCGAACCCCGUCGCGCCGUGUCCGCCGACCGUCGUCGCGCCGUCAGCUCCCACUCACAGCGGUCCAGAUCCCCACCGCCCACCGUGGACCCCAGACUAUCCGCACCCGAGGUUCAGUGGCGCGAGGACCCAAGCGAGACCACGGUCGAAAGACUACCCGAAGCGAAUGAGGACGGCGACUUCCACUCGGAAUGGAACCCUUGCCCUGACGUGGCGGAAGCUCCCGAGGAGCUACCGGACGAUACGCUCGAGAUGGAAUUGGAGAAGCGCUGGAUUUUGAACCUGAGCAUGCAUUUUCGGGAUCGCUCGGAGCGGGAAAAGUUUUUCGUCACAUAUGCUGAGACUCCAACCAAGUGGCGAAGGGUGACCAUCUCAUGCGAUUACCGCGGCGCUCCCCCCGAUUCCCUCGAACAAGACCUGAGGGAAUUGCAGUACCAGCGUGACAAAUGCGCCCGAAUCUACGAAUCCAUCCGUGAAUCGUUGUCGGAGAUUCAAUUUUACGAUACGGUGACGAAUCUGAAGUUGGAGACCCGAGACGGACGCCUGCAUGUCCAUGUUACGGAAGAUGUCAAUGAGAUUAUCCCGUACCCUCCAGUUUCCUGCAUCGGACAUUUGCCGGAGGCCCGGCUGGUCCGGGAGAACCAGCUCCAUUUCGAGGCGCAUUUAUCCGGCUUUGUCUACAACGUCAACCUAGAUGGUAAGACCUACAUCAAGAAAGAAAUUCCCGGCCCCGAUACCGUAGAUGAAUUUCUGUACGAGAUAAAUGCGCUUCAUGCUCUACAAAACACUCCUUAUGUGGUUCAGGUAGAGGGAAUUGUGGUCGAUGACCAGGAGCAAGUGGUCAAAGGACUUCUCAUCGGCUUUGCGGAGAAAGGAGCGCUGGUCGACAUCCUUUAUGAAACCCACGGCACGAUUGCGUGGGAACGGCGGGAACGUUGGGCGAGGCAGAUUGUCCAAGGGCUUUGCGAGGUCCACGAGGCUGGUUACGUACAAGGAGAUUUUACGCUUUCCAAUAUCGUUGUGGAUGGCGAUGAUAACGCACAGAUCAUUGAUAUUAAUCGUCGAGGCUGUCCGGUGGGAUGGGAACCCCCGGAGAUCGCGGCAAAGAUCGAGAGUAACCAGCGGAUCUCGAUGUAUAUUGGGGUCAAGACUGAUCUGUUCCAGCUUGGCAUGACUCUGUGGGCUCUGGCAAUGGAGAUCGAUGAUCCAGAGCGACAACCGCGUCCUCUGAUACUGGACGAGGACGCGCGCGUACCGGACUACUACCGUAGGUUAGUCUCCAUCUGCCUGAGUCCGUCUCCCCGACACCGACUGUCGGCCAAAGAGCUUCUGGCUUUUUUCCCCCGCAGUAUUUGGGUCAUGGAGCAACCCUUCCCUCGAAUUCAUCCCGCCCACACAGGCCUCGGCGUUGCCUUGCAAAAUGGCGCUUUGCCAUUGUACGACCCACGGGCAGCCUUUCUGUAUCAGCACACGCGGCCUGUAGCCAACGGCGGUUCCUUCGAUACUCAAUUGUCGCUGGAUGAUGCAUACUCAUUACAACACGAUGGCAGUGAUUUUGUGUCCACUCCGGAUAAAGAGCAAUUUGAUGCGCUGAAAGAACAGCAACAAGCUGGGAUGGCCAGGAGAGGUAUGCUUGAGAGCGAGCCAGCACCCACACAGCAGGACAAAUACGCAAGUAUAACAUCAACGAAUGAACACCUACUACAGACGACACUUCAGCCAACGUUGAGAAGCACCCAGGAGCUUCACAACUGUGUUUUCUCGAGCCAAAAGGAAGACGAGCUUGAACUGGAUGCCAGUGUCAAUCCUUUCUAUCGAAGGGCCUCCGUGGACCGUGCCACUGGCCAGGUCCCCUUCGAAACGUGCCGUUUGCCUGGAGAGCUUGUCGGAGUUGGUGGUCACUUCGCUAGCUCUUUAGAUCGGGCUUCGAGGAGCAACCUAUCAGACAUUGGGAGGUACCAGGAAUCUCCCUUGUCGUCAGCAGCCACUCAGUCUACGGACCUGUACCCUGCUCACCUAGGGGACCUGGGUCAUGCCCUGAUUGACGAUGAGCAUUGGUCCAUGGAAGCGCCGUCGCGUUCGGUGUCUUCCCUUCUGCAUUCGAUUCUUCCAAUCAACCCAGCAGCUAACCUCUCGGAGCAAAAGCUGAUAGACUCUGAGGCGAGCCGCCUGCCUCAUUUGAAAAUUGGUUCUGCCUUGAGACAUCCUCCUCAGUACCUUCAAGAACCCACCGCCUAUUUGAGCGACUCCCAUUUACCCAUCAACCCUGCAUUUACGGACAAGGCCUUGGCACCCGUAUGACCCAAAAGAAUGUUCUCUCAAGUUUGUUUCCAGGAAGCCGUCACUUGUUCCACACACGUUGUCCGUGGUUUGGAGUCUCAGGCAU